AUGCGCGGGCUGUACCGGACGCUGGAGCGGGGCGGCAUCGGCGUGUUCGAGUCCCCGACGGGUACCGGGAAGACGCUCAGCGUGCUGUGCAGCGCGCUGCAGUGGCUCGAGGAUCACAGGCGCCGCAUGGAACGCGGCGAGGGCGGCGCGGGCGGCGAUCCGUUCGCGGCGGGCGGCGCGAACGGCGGAUCGGCGGCGACGAGGAAGGACGACGACGAGCCCGAUUGGCUCAGGGACUACGAGAAGGACAAGUCCGCGCGCGAUUUCGCCGAGCGCAUGAAACGCCGGCUCGAGCGCAGGCGGAACGCGCGUCGGGCCGCCGCCGCGGUGGACGCCGCGUUCUUCGCGGGGCAGAAGCACGACGAGAGGGACGAUCGCGGGGUGCGAAAGAAACGCGCCCGAAGAGCGGGCGCUGCGCCCGUAAAACUCGGGCACGAUUCCGAUUCCGAUGACGAUUCCCACGCGCCGCUCCAGGUGAUAUUCUGCAGCCGCACCCACUCGCAGCUGACGCAGGUUGUGGGGGAGCUGAACCGAACGUCGUUCGGGGGCGAGGACGGCACCGUGAACGCAGUCGCGGUGGCGUCGCGCGCACAGCUGUGCGUCAACCCCGAGGCGAGAGCCGCGGCGGGGGCGUCGGCGGCGAGGCUCAACGAGCGAUGCCUUGAGCUCGGUAAACCCAAGGCUAAGGGGGAGCGCGCGCGCAAGGGCGGCGAGGGAGGGGGGGUUGGAGGGAGGGACGGGGCGGACGGGGCGGACAAGCCGCGGCCGGCGGCCGGGAGCGGGUGUCCGUAUCUGAAGAAACGGCACGCGGCGGUGGCGGACUUGGCGGACGCCGCGCUCGCGGCUCCGAUGGAUAUCGAGGAUCUCGCCGCGGCGGGCACGCGUCACAGGGCUUGCGCGUAUUACGCCGCGAGGAAAGCGUUACCUCGCGCGGACCUCGUGUUCGCGCCGUACGCGUCGCUGCUUCACAAGGAGACCAGGGAGAGCCUCGGGAUUAACCUCAAGGGUUCCGUGGUUGUGUUCGACGAGGCGCAUAACCUGGUGGAAGCCGUGCACGGCGCUCACGGGUCCGUCCUGACCGGUAAGCAGUGCGAGGCGGUGCACGCGAUGGUGACGGCGUACGUGGACAGGUUCUACACGCGACUGGCGGUGGGCAACUUGCGACACCUGAAGACGCUCGGGGCGCUGGCGAGGGGUUUCGCCGCCGCGCUCGGCACCGACAAAGGAACCGGCGCGAAGAAUUCUUCAAACGAUUCUUCAAACGCGGCGGCGGCGGCGAUCGGCGAGGUGAAGAGCCUGAACGACUUUUUGUUCCAGUGCGGCGCCGACAACGUCAACUUCUUCGCGCUGCGACGGUACCUUCGGGAGAGCAAGAUCGCGCACAAGAUCGCCGGGUACGGCGAACACGACGACGCGGCUCUCGGCGUCGGCGUCGUGUCCGACAAACAAACGUCCGCCAAUCAUACGUCAGCCAAUGAUCAGGCGCCGCGUCAGCCGAGGGUCGGUAGCGUGCACGCGCUCGCGGCGUUCGUCUCCGCGCUCGCCAGCGCGGACGCCGACGGCCGCGUCCUGGUGGAGAGAGGAGGGGAAUUCGGCGGACGGCUCAAGUUUGUCCUCCUCGACGCGGCGGCGAGGUUUAAGCAGAUCGUGGACGAUGCCAGGGCGGUGGUGCUCGUCGGGGGUACGCUCGCGCCGAUACCCGAGCUCGCCGCGCAGCUCUUCCCGGACGCCGUUCCCGAGGAGGACGGCACCUUCGAGGGUGCCAAUGAUGAAAAAUCCUCCGCCGUCCAACACGGAAAAAUUCCUCGGACGCUCACCACGUUGAGCUGCGGCCACGUCGUUCCCCGCGACGCGCUCCUCCCCCUCGCCGUCGCCAGGGGCCCCUCCGGCCGCGCCCUGGACUACUCCUUCGGUUCGAGGAGCGCGCCCGAGGCGAUCGACGAGCUCGGGAGGCUCCUCGCCAACGCGUGUCGCGUGGCGCCCGGCGGCGUCGUUGUUUUUUUCCCGUCGUUUGCGUACGCCGACGACGUGUACGAUAGGUGGGUUAAAACCGGGGUCAACUCGGAGAUUGCGAGGCACAAGGCGAUAUUCCGCGAACCGAGGGCGGCGGCGAAGGUGGAGAAGGUGCUCCGGGACUUCGCGACGUCCGUGCGCAACGGGGAGGAGCGGCGAAGGGCGGCGGUCGCGGCUCAUUCGGGCGUUUCGGAAAACGGUUCCGUCGGGUCUUCCGGGGUUCCGGCGGGUCGAACGGGCGCGGUCAUGCUGUGCGUGUGCGGCGGUAAGCUCAGCGAGGGGAUCAACUUCAAGGACGAGCUCGGGCGGCUCGUCGUGAUGGUCGGGUUACCUUACGCCAACCCCGAAGAACCGGAGCUCAAGGCGCGUAUGCGGCACCUGGACCUGUCCGAUCGCAAAGUCGGUUCCGCGGCGGAGCCGACCGCCGGGGGUAAGUCCCGCGGCAGGGCGUACUACGAGGCGCUGUGCAUGCGAGCCGUGAACCAAUCGGUGGGCAGGGCGAUUCGACACGUCGGCGACUACGCCGCGAUCGUGUUCGUGGACGGAAGGUACGCUCCGCCUGGGGCGGAGACGGGGCGGAUGCCGCCGCUCGGGGUGAGCUCGCAGCUCCCGGAAUGGAUCCAGGAGCGACUGGUGAUCCCGAGGGGGUACGGCGAGGUGCAGAGCGGGCUGGUGAGGUUCUUCAGGGCGCACGCGGAGAAGGAGAGGGCGGGCGCGUCGAGCGGCGGGGGAUAG